AUGGAUAGUCAUAAUUAUUACGGCAGUAGUGGUUGUCAAAAUUGGAUAAGAGUCAGUAGUGCUACAUCGGAUAUUUCAUCAACAAUAGCAUCGCAACAGCAACAACAGCGAUUUUAUUAUCCAAUGUCUCUGAAUAGUGUUCCUAAAAAUAAAGCAAAUAAGAUAAGCGGUGGUGGUGGUGGUGGUGUAGGAUAUCAAGAUUACCAGGGUCAUUAUCCUCAGCAACAGCAACAGUAUCCUGGGACUGAUCCUAGUGGUACAGGUUAUUAUGGUUGUACUAGUUUCUUUGCAAAACAACUACCACAGUCAGCAGUUUCAUCUGGUGCAAAACGUAGACAUAUUGCUGGUACUUUUCCAAAAAAGAAUCGUUUCUCUUACGGAAUGAAUGCAGCUUAUCCACCACCAAAUAAAAAACCUAGAAAUUACUCUACGACUGGUAAGACAGCCGCAAUGAUUCUAAAUGAAUUGUAUCCGGAAUUCAAGGAUCAAUGUUCUUAUAAGACAAUGAUGGUUAACAAGUUACCACGUUUCGAAUGUUCUUUUACAGUGCAGGCUAAAACAUUUUGUGCGGAAGGCUCGAAUAAAAAAGCUGCAAAACAACUUGCGUGUGAAUUAGCUUUGAAAGAAUUGCGACCUGAUAUAUUGCUAGACGUUUCGAUUUCGGAAUCAAAAAAAUUUGGAAAUUAUGCUUUCUGUUCAUCACAAACGAACGGAAUAGAGGAAAAGGAGCGUACCAGCGAUGAGAAAUUCACACCACAGUUCACUUUUAGUGAACUUUCAACGGCAGAUACCGAUGGCAAAUCUCCGAAAAAAUUCAGAUGUGUGUUGGUUUUGCCCCAUCAGGGAAAGGUUUAUUCUCACGAAGGCUAUGGAAAAUCACCAAUCAAAAAUGCUGUCAUCCGUGAAGCGUUGGUUGACAUCUUUGAUGUAUCACAAGAAGAAUUAAAAAUGGUGGAACGCCGCACAAUGAAUCUUAAACCAGGCAAACCAAUGCAGGUUUUGAUACAAGCGCUCAAUUUCUACGAUCGUACCAUGCAAGUGGAUGUGGACACCGUUGACGGAAAACCCGUCCAAGGAAAUAGUCGAUUCAUCUGCCGCAUUACGCUCGACAAUAAUAAGACUAUUAUUGGUCCACCUCAAGAUAACAAGCAAAAAGCCAAAGAUUCUGCAUGCGAAAAAGUACUUCUCGAAGAGCUCGGUUUAACUAUGCCAUCGGAAGAUGUCAGAGUAAAGAGGGCAGCUGCUGUCCUCUCGCCUCCAUAUGCUUUACAUCAACUAAUGUUGAAGCAAAAUCGUAAAAAGAACCCAGAUAUAGUGUAUGAUGAACCACAAGAUAUCAGCGAAUCACCCAGUAAACCACCAAUGUUCAAAUGUACAUUAACUAUAAAUGGUACAAAUAAGUUUGAAGGUAUUGGACAAUCAAAGAAAACUGCUAAAAGUGCUGCUGCUGAGCAAGCAUUGACCAAAUUAUUCAAGUUCGAUCUUUGUGCUGAAAAUGCGCUUGAAAUGAUAUCAAUGAAAAAAUUGAAGAACGAAGAAGAUGUACUUUUUUGUGCCGACAUCUGUGCUUUUGUUCGUCGGGAAUAUGAAGGAGUAUGUCACCAGCAAGCAUGUCCUAUAACUACUCAUAUAUCUGCUUUUGUUUUAAUUUCACCAAAUGGUGAAAAACAAUUGGUUGCGAUUGGAGCAGGCCGUAACGCCGUUAUUGACGGUCAAAUCUUGACAAAUGCGCAAGGCAAUGUGCUUAUUCAUAUGCAAAGUACGGUUUUAGCACGUCGUGCAUUUGUUCUCUUCCUGCAUAACCAAAUAAGGAAUCAUAAUGCGGAAAAUAGCGUUGUCGAACAUUCUCCGACAUCAGAUAAAUUCCGUCUCAAAACUGGUUACCAAGUUGUGCUAUAUAUAUCUUUCCCACCAAAUUUGCGCACUAGUGGUGAAGUACAAAACUUAUCAUGCUAUAUGGGAGGAGCUCGAUUGGAAGACCCCCCGGAAAACCCACAAACUUUUGCUGAUAUCGGUACUUCCGGACAUGUUUAUGUAAUGAGUUUGGCUGAUAAGAUGUUAAAGUGGAAUUAUUUGGGAUUGCAAGGAGCACUUCUUUCACGUCUUCUGGAACCGAUAUUCAUGACACAUCUGUGUGUUGGUGUACCAUCUAAUGACAAAGCGAUCACACAAGCUGUACUGCUUCGAUUUGGUGAUAUGCGAAGAGGUGAACUAAUGGUAAAAUCUUCUCAAACUGGUGUAGUACCUCACGGAGAAAUGUAUCAUAACUGGGUUUCCGGAAUAGGAACCAUUGAACGUUUGGAUCCAUUUACCGGUCGCACAGUAACUGGUUCACCAUCACGUCUUUGUAAAUCAGAGUUGUACGAAAGUUGGGCACGCGUAAUGGCAGCGGUUAAAGCAGAUGAAUACAAACCUGUUUGGAGUUGUUCAGAAGCAAAACAAAGCGAAGUAGUAUAUCAACAGGCAUUGCAAGCAUUCCACUUGAAACUGCAUGAAAAUGGCCUGGGCAUGUGGCAGCGUAAGGAACCACAGAUUGAUGGUUUUCAGCUGGCUUUUUUUGAUGAAUAA